GCGGCGUUGCAGAAUUUCGCUUUCGUUUUUCUUUUGCGGUUUUUGCCUUGGCUCGCGUACUUGCUGCACCGAUUCGAGGCACUUUGCUUCGCAUUCCGUGAAAAUAUUGCCCCAAGGAUGACACGCAACUCCCCAAUGAGAUCCGAGAGAACGCCACCGAGCGCCUACAGCCGGACGGACACUGACAACUCAAGGCAUGGCACCAGCCGCCGCCGAAGCAGUUCGAGGAGCCGCAGCCGAUCAGGAAGCCGUAGCCGGGACCGUCACAGCGGCAGCUCCAGGGGCAGCGGAAGCCAUCGGUCCCACAGGCGUCGUGGCGACCGCAGUCGCAGCCGGGAGCGUCCUCACCGUCGUGACCGGGACCGCUCGCGUUCGCGUAGCCAUCGGAGGAGCCGUAGCCGCAGCGGGAGCCGAAGCCGGAGGGAGUUCUCGAAAAGGUCCUCGGCAGAGAGGUUUGAAACGGAGGACAGAGCACUUGCCUCUUCAGCGAGCAGCAUGGCUGCAAGGGCACUGGCCGUUUCAGCAGCAGCUUCGACGGUGUCCCAGGCGUCCGCCUUGAGCGUGAGUGCUGCCACCCCAUCUUCGACCUCGGUGCCGCCACCCGGGGUGUCUGCCGCACUGGCAGCGGCCAGAGCAGCUGCUGUGCGCUCCGGCCUGAUGUCUGUCGAGGCACUCAACGCGCCUCCACCGCAGAUCCCCAACUCACUGCCCAGCUACUACAACCCAACGGCCGUCAAUGCCCUGAAGUACACGGAGCAGAUGCAAAAGCGCAAGCUCCUCUGGAAGAAACCCCAGCAGGACGAAGUGGCUGCAGAAAAGGAGGCACCCCAGCCACAGCCCAACUCGACGUGUGCCAAGGUGUGGGAGAAGAUGACCUUUGCUCAGGACGACGACGGCAAGAUGACUGCCAAGUUCCGCAAACUCAUGGGCAUCCGCGGCGACCCUCCACCACCGACCGAUAAGCCCGACCCCGCAGUAAACCCCCUGCUGAAGCAGCAGGAAAAGCUGUUCCAGGACUUGGACCAGCAGUACGAGCAGGCCCGAGUGUCGACGCACACGCACCGCGGUGUCGGCCUCGGCUACAGUUCACAGAUGGCAGCCUUCUUCCAGCAGACCAACCUGAACACUAAGUGAACGGCGGAUGGGCCUGCUUUGUACAUACUGACAUUGGGUGGAUCAUUUGCAUCAUCGUCUCGUGCAGUGCAACAUCGUGGCUCAAGCCCUGCAGUCCACCCCUCAGCAGACCAACCCUUCACAGUAAUUGAAGUGCUUGGGAACGGCCCCACUUGAGCUGAUAGGCCCUCGAUAAAGGUGUCCACGAGACGCACGAUUGCUCUUGGCUGAACAACAGGAAAAACGGAAGCCAUGAUGGAGCGGCGAUCUUGCUUGUACAUAUACGGAAAGUUCUGUCCUCUACAUUUACAGUAUGCGGAGUGUCGUUCAUUACUAAGGUCAGAUACACACAGCCACCAGACGUGCUGUCACAUCACCAUCACGGCAUCCGUCAUAAGUUUCUCGCAUAUUGCUAGUAGUUACAUUUAGGCAUUGGCUGCUGCUUUUUAUGUCACCGCCAUCUCGUGCAGAAAAGCAAUAAAAUGCUCUACCAUGACUGACACCAAUGCCAGAGAAUGGUGACGUGAUCGAGAGUUUGAUGGCUGUUUGAAUUGGGCUUCAGCGUGAUGUCCACGACAGGUGCCGCCACUGAUGGGUACCGCAGUCGGUUGGGUUAUACGAGGCUACAUUGGUUGCUUUAAUUCAGUACGCAUGCCAGCUGAGAAAGGAGUGUUUUGCGGUAGGCAUGCAGCAGUACGUGUUGAAGUUUAAGUGGCGAUUUCCCCCGACACCUAGCCUAGGCUCAGCUGCAACACGAGAUGCAAGCUUGGCACGCGCUGAAAUGCAUCUUUUCCACGGAGCUCCCACUGUGCCUCCCUCCACACUGGACUUUAUAAACAUAUGAAGUGAGCUACACCAAUGGCUGAUUUGGAUGUGUUAAUCACUUUUUGUCUACCACUUUUUCAUCGGUUCAUUCUUGUCUGUACAUCCAUGAUUGCCAUUUUUCACUAAUCUUUGAAAGUUUUGACCAAAGAAGCUUAACCAUUUAAUCUUCGGAAGGUGCCUCCAAUUAAAAGUAUAAAUUGCUGCCCUCCUUUGUGUUUGAUUUGGUAGCUCUGUAGUAGAAUACAGAAAGCGCUGAAAAUGCCUCUUUCCAGGUAAAUAAUUAUGCUGAGUAUCUAAGCUAUUGCCAUUAUAUUGACCUAGUAAUGUUAAGAAAAAUGCUGCAGCUAAACAUGUGUAAAGAUUUUGUUGAGAAAUGCCUUAGGAUAGUUGGACAAUGCUAUCAGCUGCAUCUGACACGAAAAAGCCUUCAUUAUUCAUUGCACUUUGUCAUAAAGGCAUGCUUUGCUUCGUUAUAGUUUUGUUGUGUUAAGCUUCAGCCGUUGAAUUGCUUGUGUACUUUGGUGUAGGUGUAAAAGUAAUGCCAAGGUGGUCAAAGUUAGUGACCUUGAAACGGUUCUGAGGAUUUUGGAUAAACUCAAAAUUUUUGAAUUUUGGAGCCGGUAAAGCAAACCCUAAUUAUCAUUUGCAGACCAAUUUUAAGCUCUCAGCAUCAACUGUUUUCAACUUCUCGCGGCCUUUCUCCGUAGCAUUGUUCCACGUUGCUUACCAUCGGUGACCGAUCUGAUUGGAUAUGUACAGUCUACGUCACUGAACCUCUGGUGGACAGCGAGUGUCGUCUGCCUGUGUUACAACGUGCUGCGCGUUGACGUAAGCUGCAUGACAGUGCUUGUCUUGAAGUUUCUUUACUAGGGCAUCAUGAAUUGCCCUAGCUGAGUUGUGUGCCACAAAUCUAGAGAUUGGAGACUUGUAAAGCUGCGACAUCGUUUAAGGCGUGUAAGGCAUUUGGCGGGCAGAGUCGCCUCAGCAAGUCGCUGCAGUGACCGAUGGGCUCACGCUUUCCAAUCAACGCCAGGAUCCACGCGUCUGCAGCUGUAACUUCACCCCUCAAAACAAAACCACGUUGCCCGAGUUUACGCUUAUUGGUGAUCAUUGAAUACUUUUUGUUUGUCGGCAUGCCUUUGAAGAUUGCCACUGUAGAAGAGAAUAAAAUGAGAACGGCUGGUAGUGUCGUGGCACCUGGCAGAGCAGACCUCAACCACUCCACUCGCUUCGUUUCCAUUGCCAGACGGUGCCCGCCGUGCACGCUGCCGGGCACCCUCGACGGAGCUCAAUCUGUCGAGUGCGCUUCGGUCGCCAGCAAUGGCUGGCUGUUUAAUGAGUUGAGGCGGCCAAGCAAUGGCCAGAAGGAGGGGUAUAACUAUAAGUGCUUGUAGCUGCCUUGAUACACAGUGCAUCACUUAAUUUGUGGUGCGGAUGAUUUGAUGAUGUAGCCUAAAUGCUGACAAAAUUUGAAAAACCGUUUCAGGGUCCUUUUGAUCUAUAGUCGCUCGAUACGACAUGCCUCAUAAAAAUCUUAUCAAAAUUUGAGCACGCAAACGGAAUUUUUUUUUUCCUGUGCUAAAAACGUCCCUCUGGUUUAUCGCACAGUAGAAGUACCACAUGAAAGCAUAACCCUCGCCUGUUUUUGUUUAUUAAAUGAGAGGCAUUUCUUGGCAAACGAAAGGCACUUCGACCGUUUCUGUCUAUCUAGCCGCCUUCGUCCGGGGUCUCUCGUGGUUGCGAGUGUAGGAUGAACAUGAUAGACAGGUCACGACAUGAAUAACAUGAAACGCCUGUCGUGUACUUCUUGAAACCCUUUCUUCUUCCUAUCGAAUCUGUUGCGUCCUGAAGAAAUCCUUUGCAAGAAUGAAUUCUCCUUAUCCCUUUUUGUCCUGCUCUUUGCGACAUUAACUUGAAUUGCUGUAACAGUGCAAAGGCUGAACGAUUGUCUUUAUGCUCCAGUGUCUAGUAUGGAAUGUAUUUCAGGGAUUUACAAAAAGCAUUUUUAUAUGUGCAGAGGUUAUCACUUCAUUUGGAGAACCAGCUCCAAGUCUGCAACAUUGUCGCAGCACGUAUUACUACACAUAUGUUUUUAGCGGGACGUAAGCAAAGCUUUGUUCCUUGCUCGUGGAGACCUGCAAGGAAGUGUCCUUUUUCGGUUUUUAAGGAGUGUGCGUCUCCCAGACCUGUCAUUGAGGGCAGCAUGCUAUGUCGUGCAAGGUGGUUGUGCACAAAUAGUCUGGGCGACCUGAUUAGAGUGGGUUAGACAGUGAACUGCUGUGUGCUAAAAAUGUCUCCUAUUGUGGAGCAUAGCCAUUCUUAAAUUUGCACUGCUGCUGUAAUGGCUGAUCCAGAGGACGUGGCUCCACCAGAACAUGCUGGCCCAAUCAAGCUUUCUUUGGUUAGAAAUUGUGAGCAGGGACCGUAACAGUUUUUUUGGCGCUGACAGAAUGUCUCUUGUGCAUUGCUGUAGAGCAAGGAGGAUCUUGAAAGUGGCUGGAGUGGAAGAUAUGCCUCGAAAGAGAAGCAAUAAGUCCAUCUUACCAGUGGUACAAUAAAACAUUAACGUAUAGUGGUGAAAAAGCUGCAUUUUCCUCGCAUGUCCUACCAGUUUAAUAUGGGUAAUUUGUUGGGACAGAUGGUGCUUGAUGUGUGCCUUUGUGUUGCAAGCUUCUGUAAGAAGUCUCGACACCCAGGCAAGUUUUAUUGCAGAACUCAUCGAUACUCCUUUGGAUAGGUUACAUGUACCGGGAACGAGCAAAACCACUGUAUCUCUAAGCGGGCACCAUCCGAAAAGAGCAUGUUUCGAAAACAAACCAGGGGCCACACCUUUGUCGGUAAUGCAUUGCAGCAGCUUCCACUCCGGCAUUGUUUUGUCAUCCUUGUUGUAGAGUACAAUUUUUCUAGGUCAGAGGGGAGAAAGACUCCGCGAAAAGAAUCAACAUUGCCAUGUUGCUUUUGAGGAAUGGGACAACUGUGUCGAGAAGUUUCGCAUGUUGCGUACCAUCUGAAUGUGCCACACUUGUCAUGUAAAUGCAAUGUCAUCUUGUCAGUUGUAAAUACAGCAUUGUGUGCACCUGUUUCACAAGUUGCAUUCUCUUUUGCUCUAAUAAACGGGUGCAAUAAACUUUGACUUUUCCCAACG